CCGUCUCUUGCUACCUUCGACGAACCCUACCAUAUCGCCCUUCUCACUGGGUGUCGGCUACGAUAUCGCGACAUGUCACAGUCCUGGGCCCCUGACGAGACAUCUGCACAGUUAUGGCUUGACAGGAUAAACCUCGUCGGCGUUGAAUUGGGCAACAUCGCAUACGGUGUUCAUAUAACGCUGUUCUUCCUCUGUUUUAUCGCAUGGUGGAGCGCUCGUCGGCACUCGCCGAAGAGUGCCUACAGCAUGCUCGCCUUCAUUUCCUGUGUCUUCGUCUUAGGAUCUAUAGGCAAUGGCACACAGAUGCGUCUCUUGCAGAUGGCGUAUGUUGACGACCGCGACUAUCCCGGAGGACCAGGUGCCUUCGAGACGUACGAAGGUUCCGUGAAAGUUAACGUCAUUGGUACUGCAGCCUACACCGUAAACGCGUGGUUUUCAGAUGGGUUAUUGCUAUAUCGCUUCUCUAUGCUGUGGUCAACCUCUCGAUACCGAUGGGUUGUAAUUCCUGCGCUUCUCGGAUUCAUGCUCUCCGUCAUUUCGUCUUCCAUCCUUCUCUCCCAGAUUGCCGACCCCGGAGGUGCUCUCUGGAUAAGCUCCAGUGCCAACAUGGCCCUCACCUUCUGGUCUGCGUCCAUCUCCGUCACGUGCUACUGCACGCUCGGCAUCGUUGCCAAGCUACUUUAUAUGCGUCAUCAGAUCCGCAAGGUCUUCAGUGCCAACGAGCCUGAUUCGCCAUAUUUCUCCGCCGCUGCUAUGCUCAUCGAGUCUGCGUUGCUCUACGCAGCGUUCGCGCUCUCGUUCCUGAUCACAUACGCCGAAGGUAACACUGCGAGUCUCAUGCUUUUUUCGAUGCUGGGCCAGGUGCAGUCUAUCGCACCGCUGCUCAUCGUCCUGCGUGUCGCACAAGGACGUGGCUGGACGAUCGCCAAAGUCAGGGAAACGGAACGGUUGGCGAUGAAUACCUAUGGCACGCAGACUAUCAAGUUCCAUCAUCCCACACACAGCACCGCCAAUGGAUCUGCUACUGUUGCCGAUUCUGCCACGAACCCUGGCGAAAUGGAAUGUGCAGAGGGAAGCGUAGCUUCAUUGUCCGGGAAAGAAUUCAAGGGAGCUCAGCUGGAACAUGUCGUUGACACCGUAGCUGAGCACUACCCAAACGGGGAACCCCCAAGCAACGUAUGAUAGAGCAGGUGCAGGGACUCAGACAUUAUUCAUGUAGACUCAGCCACACGAUGUUCGGUGCGCGAUGCCAACUUGCAUGUCACUUGUUGCUCUCAGUACGGACACGAUAUCUGUUAAUAUACUAUCAUUAUUCGC